CGAGUGGCGUGAGUGGCGUCGAGUGCGGCCGGUCGGAUGUCCGCGGAGGGCGGCGGCUACUCGCCGUGUCCGGCGGAGGCGCUGCCGGAGCUGAGCGCCGCCGAGCUGGCGAUGAGCCUGUCGCCGAAGUCGGCGCUGCUGCAGCAGAACCUCUCGCAACUGCAGCUCCAGCAUUCUACGCCUUUCUCCGUCACCGACAUCCUCUCGCCGAUAGAGGAAUACCGCAAAUUGGAGCUCGCGAACAAUCCGCCGUCGCCGUACAGGUCGAAUUCUUCAGGGAGCAGUAUCAACUCGCCGCUGGGGCCGGCGUCUUGCGGCAUGACGGCCAACCCGUACGCGGUGCCGCUGUACGGCGGAGCGCCGGUGCAAGGCUACGGCUGCGCACCCGCAGACCUACCGCACUACGGAGAUAUGCGCGGCGCGAGCUGGUAUCCCGCAUCAAACGACCCCAGGUUUGCCAUUUCCAGGCUGAUGACAUCGACGUCGGGCGGCAUGGGCCACGUCAACAACAUGGGAGGGCUGGCGGCGUGUGCUGGACCAGACGCCAAGCCGAUGCAGUUCCCGCUCGCGCAGCGUAGGAAACGGAGGGUGCUUUUCACACAAGCUCAGGUAUACGAGCUGGAGCGGCGGUUCAAGCAGCAGAAGUACCUGUCGGCGCCGGAGCGCGAGCAUCUUGCCUCACUCAUACACUUAACACCCACGCAGGUUAAAAUUUGGUUCCAGAACCAUCGCUACAAGUGCAAACGACAAGCCAAAGAGAAAGCGAUGGCGGAACAAAAUCAACACAAUCAGUCAUCAUCUUCACCACGGCGGGUGGCGGUGCCGGUAUUGGUGAAGGACGGUAAGCCAUGCGGCUCGGGCGAGUCAUCUUCGCCGGCUCACAGCCACUGCGCCACACCCACGUCCGGGUAUUCAGCGGCGCCGGCGCAGGCCGCCUGCAGCAACCCGCUCGCCUACCGUCAGCCCGCCGCCUACCAGCAGCAGUGCUCCGGCUACCUCCCGCUGCAGGGCCGCGCCUGGUAGAAGUUCCCACAGCUUUACCACGAGACAAUGUUCAAGGAGGAAAUGUAUUUCGAUUAGAUCCAAAGCCACGGUUUGAAUCUCAUUACAUAUUUUUUGAGUGCAAUUAUUAUUUCAUAGAUCUAAAUAAUAGACAAAUAGAAAAUACAGACCAUCUUUGGUUUGUUCAUUGUAAAUUUGAUGUUAAAUCAUUUUAAUUACAUUGGAUUAAGCUGGAGGUGGUCGUUGCUAUGAUUUUCAUUGAUUCAAACCAGUCAAAGGCAUCAAAACCUAGGAGAACAUUGUCACUGGUAAAGCAACGCCGGGCGCGACCGAUCUGACAGACAGGUGAAUCGCGAGUGGUGCAGUGACACAAUGACGAGUGACGAGUGCCAGUGGACGCUAAUGUCGUGCGCGGUGGAGCAGAGUGGGGGAGGGGGGGAGUACUGUGUACAUAAUUAGAACUAGUUAAGCACAAUUACGGAUUUGACUUUAUUAUUUUUGUAACGUUCCGUUU